CUUUCCCGAAACGCACUUUAGGUUGACAAAAUUGUCCAUAGGUGUGUGUGUGUGUGUGUGUACAAGAGUGAGAAUGGUUAUCAAUAUUUGCUAUGUGAUUGGCUAGCGACCAGUCCAGGAUGUACGCUGCCUCUCACUCGAAGUAGGCGCCACUUCUAACCCUAAUGAGGAUAAUGCAUUAUAGACAUUGGAUGGAUGGAUUCAUAUUGAUCUGUGCAAUCUGGCUAUCUUUUUAUCUCACAGCAGCAUUCAAGUCCCAUUUACUGUAGGUGUAACUGUGCAAAGGCAACAUGGUGGAUUAACGGACCUUUCUGUCUCCCUAGUCUUCUAAAAACAUUUGUUCCCCUUUAUUCAUAAUUCAUAAUAGAUUUAAUACACUGCAACACACAUUGUAUUUAUGGUUGUUGGAUCAAGUGCAAUGAAAAAAGCAACAUGGAAAGCCUAUUGAGCAUUAUUCAAUAUCCUGAUAUUCGGAUUAUCAAUCUUCUGUGCUCUCUGUCCUCACCAAUCAGAUAAUGGGCGUACUAGUAGGAAGGCUACAUGUUACUAAAACUACACUAGUUAACAACUAUGUGCACCUGGUACUGCUAUUGGCCUACUCGUAUGUAAUUAGUAAAAGACUGCUGCACUUAACCCACAUGAAAAAAAAAAACGGUAAGAUGGUCAUUCGACUAGUACACCCUUUGCUACUACUAGUGUCUUGCGUGACUAGGACAAAGAUCAUCCCGGUACAUGCACAUCAAGGGUAUUUAACAAAUUUCCAUGAAAGAAAACCAUCUUUAUGUGAUAUUUUGGUCGAUGAGUCAACAAUUAAACAUAAUUAGGAAACUACAGUGCAUUACAAGCAACACUCGUUUGAGCAUUUAUUUAAUAACCAGCUUUCGGUCUAGGUACUAGUACACUCUUUGUUGUCUGUAGUAAAACAAGUCCAAUUCAAGAAUGACUGUCUCAGUGGUAUUAUUGCGACAACUGCUACGGCCUUUUAGUGGGCUAUGUAAUUGUAGUGCAGCACGACUACGAUUUAAUUGCAUACUAGUAACCUAAGUAGUGGCAAAAAAUUGCUAGAAAUUUUACGAUAAUAGUGUUCCCUAAUAUAUAAAACUAUAUAUAAUACUAUUAUGCUACACUAUAACAUAAAUAUGAUUGAACAGUGAGUGAUUACUUUUUUUUUCUUAUUAAACUAUUUUACAUACUACCUUUUUGAAAAAUCCGAUUUGGCUCAUCAGCCCAAGUUUUUCCACUUAUGCACUAAAAAAUUCGAUGCCAUUUAAAAAUAUAUACAUUUUUUUUUUUUUACAUUUGAAUGUAAUUUGGUACAGGUUGAACCAAUAAUUAAAAAAACAUCAGUGAUGUAAAACAACUACUAGUAUCUGUGAGGACAAAAGACCAAACUAGUGAACUCAUCGCUGGAUUUCAAGGAUGUCGAAUAAAUACUCGGUAGGUAAAUAUUUUUCAGGCGUGCCUUUGAAUGAUCAAAACAUAACACAACAAAAAUACGCUUGUUUAUGAACGAAAACAAAAAUCAAGGGACGGCGCUCCAAGCGACUGACACAAUGGCAAUGACAGCAGCCGUGGCUUUGCGUGGACGCUCCUCUCCACCAUCGCCGCAUGUGGCCUUUGAACCCAUUGUUAUGUCGCGGCUGACGUCAGUGCCGUCGGAGCGAGCGAGCGAGCGGCGUGCGCUUGGCGAGACAAAGGCGGCGGAGAGAGCCACAAGAGCGGGCUGCGUCGGAGAGAGCGAACGGGGUCACGGAGCUUCCCAAUCCCACUUUGUUUUUUUUUUUUUUUCCCCUCCCCCCUCCCAAAGAGUCAACACGGUUUCGGGGACCGGAGUUUCCCGGACCAUGAAGACACUCUCAGGAAUACUCACACAGACACAGCAAGGGGCAUCCUUUGCCGUUUUGUGUUUAUAUUUUUAGGGGGCAACUCGCAUCUUUGAACGCCCCUCACCCCCAGUUGUAGCGUGCUAGGCGGCUAACGCGUUAGCUCUCGAAAGAAGGCUGCUCCUCCCUCCUCCUUCCUCCUCUUCUUCUUCUUCCCGGCUUACUUUCUCAUUUGUUCUUGAAGGAACGAGGUGGCCGCGAAACGUGGGGAGAGCGAGUCGACAAAGUGAGGAGAAACUCACUAACGACAAGCAGGCAUCCGUGAUCUGAUGUGAUAGCCACGGAGAGACUAUGCCUAGCCCUUUAUUCCACCCGGACAUAAUGGACCACGACGUGGUGAUCAGCAGCCAGCACAAUGGGGUCGCUCUGCCCCGAGAAACGGACCAGGAGUCCCGGGACGAGGGCCACCAAGAGGUGCUCCGCUUCGCCCUGGACCAGCUGUCACUCAUGGCUCUGGAGAAGGUGGACUGUGGAGGCGGAGGCGGGCUGGUCGACACCCUGGACGGGACCCAGGCGCCCGGCUCGGAGGGCUACGCGGACCUCCAAGUGUCCCGGGACUCGCCGACCUCCUGCUCCCCUUCCCCGGAGUACUACGGUUCGGUCGGCUACCACAUGGCCGGCGGCGGUUCGCACCCGAUGCUCCACGGGGAACAAAGCUCCUCCGUCCUGUGCAACCGAAAGAGAAGCGUCAACAUGACCGAGUGCGUUCCCGUGCCCAGCUCGGAGCAUGUGGCGGAGAUCGUGGGGAGGCAAGGUUGUAAGAUCAAAGCCUUGCGGGCCAAGACCAACACUUACAUAAAGACGCCCGUCCGUGGCGAGGAGCCCGUGUUCAUCGUGACGGGACGCAGGGAGGACGUGGAGAUGGCCAAGCGGGAGAUCGUUUCUGCAGCCGAGCACUUCUCCAUGAUCCGGGCGUCCCGUUGCAAAGCGGGAGGCUCCGGGGGAGGAGGGGGGAGCGGAGGAGGAGGGGGCUCGCUUCCUGGACCACCGCACCUCCCUGGACAAACAACCAUUCAGGUGCGGGUGCCCUACAGAGUGGUGGGUCUAGUUGUGGGCCCCAAAGGAGCCACCAUCAAGCGCAUCCAGCAGCAGACCCACACGUACAUCGUGACGCCCAGUCGAGAGAAGGACCCCGUGUUUGAGGUGACCGGCAUGCCCGAGAACGUGGACCGAGCCAGGGAGGAAAUUGAGACCCACAUCACGCUGAGAACCGGAACCUUCGUCGACCUCCAGGGGGACAACGACUUCCACACAAACGGCACGGAUGUCAGCCUGGAGGGCCUGGGCGCCCUCAGCAGCGGCCUGGGGGCGUCCCUGUGGUCCCGGGCCACCAACCACCAUUCCGCACCGCCGCCGCCCCCGCCCUCUCCGCCGCUUGCCGCCAUCCCCAUGUCCGUAACCCGCAAGAUGUCCUCCUCUGUCUCCUACCACGCGCACAACGGUGGGAUGAGCUCCGAAGGGUACGGCGGGGGCCGCAAGGGCAACGACGGGGCCAGCCCCACCAGCCCCUUCAGCACGGGUUCAAGUAGCGCUGGGGGCGGGUUCACUUUCGGCGGCGACUCCACUCCGCUUCCCUCCUCAGACGAACUGGGCUUUGAAUUCAGCGCUUCCAACAUCUGGGCCCCCUUCGUCAACGGCGGCAACAAGUCGGGCGGCCCCUCGCAUCCGCAGCCGCCUCUUCGUCGCAACAGCAGCGGCCUGAGCGGCGGCCCCAUUACGCCGCGGCUGUCGCCGACAUUGCCUCAGGACGCGGGCGCCGGCCCCCUGGAGCACCCGCUGGCCCGUCGCGCCCAGAGCGACCCCCUGAGCACGCUCUCCUGGCUGCAGUCCGGCAGCGCGGGGGGCUCGGGUUCCGGCUCCGGCUCCUUCUCGGGGGGCUCCAGCUCCAGCUCGGGCGGCUCGUCCACCGGUUACUCCUCCUGCUCGGCGUCCUCGCUACCCGGCGGCUCCCCUACCGACUCGGAGGGCGGCGUGGGUCUCAGCUCCGGGAUGCUCAGCCGGCUGAAAGGCGGGCCGGGCCCCGGCGCGGUGGGCCUGGUGGGCGCGGGGCCCGGUGCCAGCAGGGACUGCUUCGUGUGCUUCGAGAGCGAGGUGACCGCCGCCCUGGUGCCCUGCGGCCACAACCUCUUUUGCAUGGAGUGCGCCGGGCAGAUCUGCCAGUCCGCCGAGCCCGAGUGCCCCGUGUGCCACACGCCCACCACGCAGUGCAUCCGCAUCUUCUCCUAAUGGCGGUGGGCGCGUGAAGCGCGGGCACGGGCAUAGCUUGGGGGGAGGAAGGAUUUACACUAAUACCCUUGAACACACAGUGGACCAUAAUAAUAAUAAUAAUAAUCCAGCAUUUCUAAAGACAAUGAUGCUGCUGAUGAAUAAUAACAAUAAUAAUAAUGACGCUAUAGAUUUAUUUGGAGACGGUCUCUUUGUGGGGAAACUAGUGUCUUAUCUCUCUUCAGGCCUUCAUUUUGAACCCCUCGCAUCUCUUCAGUCUUUGCUUUUGGCUCCUUUUUGUACUCAGCAGAUAUUUUUCCAUGAAGUUGUCCGACGAGGCCUGCACUUUUCUACUUGCAUCUCUACGUGACCCCCCCACCCGCUUUCUCGCUUUCUCUUUGUCCCUCCGCCCUUCCUCGCGGCAUUAAUCCGGGGUGUCAAACUCUUUAUUCAAAUGUUUUUGUUUUUUUUUGUCACGGGCCCCAUUAUCGUUAUGAAAAUGUAUAGUUCUGGGGAGGAUAAGAGACCUACAAAAAAAAAAGCUUUACCAUUUUUGGGGUAUUUAGAACUUUUUUCAUGUUCCUCCAAUACAUCUUUUACUUGUAUAUGAAAAUUUGGGGUUGUGUCAGUAGUAUAUAGAGUAAUUCUAAUUUUGCUCAAACGUCGAUAAGUAGUAAAAUUAGAGAAAUUGAAUUUUGCAGUUGGUCUCUUAUUUAUUAAGAGCCGUAUACAGUAAUUGUCUCAUAUGCAAUAAAUUGACGGAUACAUUUUGAAAUCAGAAGCGGUCACCCUCUUCAAAAGGGGUUUUAGUUGCAAAAAAAAAACAAUUGCAAUUUCUCUUUGAAAGCGAAGGCUAAAUUCAGUUUGACAAGAAAUACGUAGCGGACGCAAAGGAUUUUCCCGAUCCAGCCCCGAGGCCUCGAGUUUGACACCUGCGAUAUUAAUCCUAUUGUGUGGUUGCGCACGGCGUGUUGUCACCCACCGCCUUCGCCUCCUCCUCCUCCUCCUCUGUUGUGGCCUCAAAGACCGAAAGUAGCCAUCAAGCGAUGCCAAAUGUCUGUAGAAGUGAGCACAUCGUCUCUUGUUUGUGGAGCCCGUCAAACAUUUGACAAUCCUCCGCACAAACCGCGAUAUCCCACCUUUGUGUUUAUAUCUCUAUACGUGUGUGUGUGUGUGAGUGUGUGUAUGUGUGUGUGUGUGACUGCUCCAGCCCCGCCCCCCCCCCAGUCUCCAAGGCAGGAGCCGAUCCACAUCCCUGCCCUCCCCCACCCACACACGCCCCCCCCCCCCCCUCCGCCCACAUCCUGUUCGUUUGGCUUCCAUCGGCUCCUUCAGCGUUUUCCGACUCUUUGUGCGAGAGCGAGUGCCCCGUGUGUCUUUUCCUGCGAGUGCGUUUGCCGGUGUGUUGCCGUUCAAGGCUUUUGUUGUUGCCCCUGAGAGUGUGUUGGAAGUAUGACCGUGUAUACGUAUAGUAUUCACCGCACUUGAGUUUUUCCAGAUGCUGUUUUGGCGCGUAUAUGUUUUCUGAGAAGAGUGUAUGGGAGUGUGUGUGUCACUGUUACUGUGUAUGAAUGUCAGCAUUCUUUGUGAUUGUGUGUGUUCCUGUGAGAGUGAGAGGAGUAUGCGAGAGUGCACUGCUGUCUGUUUUGUGUAUCACUGCGAGAGGAGUGUCAAAGCGUGCUUGUGUGUACGGUUUUCAUGUAUAACGGUGAGUGCGCGCAUGUUCCUGUGAGACUUUUGUGACGUCACCCAUGAACAGGGACGUCUUGUUUAAGCGGAGUUCCUUCCAUACAAAAAAACACACACACAAAGGGUGAAUUGAAGUAUUUUCCGUGCACUGUUCCCCCCCAACCUCCCCAACUCAACCACGAUUACCCCCCCCCCCCCCCCGUCUGCCUGUCCCAUCGAAACCCGAACAAAACAAAACAACCCAAACAGCUCUUAGCAUUCUCAUUCCGGUCUUCCACCACCCCAAUCUGGCAGCAAAAGCUGCGCCGGCACUCCGCAUCCGUUGCGCGAUUGCGCAACAUGGACGCCCGCGCAUCGUCCUUUUUGAUUUUUCUCUCGUUUUACUUCGCCGUGAGUUUGCAGUAACUGCCUCCCUUUUUUUCAAGCGUUCGUAACAUUUGUCCACAAAAUGUGCUCAAGACGCGAAGAAGCCAUGACGAACUCACUUCUGAUGACGAGCGAUUCUUUAAGGGCUUCCUGUUUUUUUUUUUUUUUUUUUUUUUUUUUUUUUACAUUUUUUCUGGCUCACCCAGUAGGAAGAAUGGACCAUCCUUUACGGCAGCUAGCGGCGAUCAUCCAGGGCUUCCACACGCAAUUUCUGUUCUAAUCCCAGCAAACAGCAGAAUGUUUCGCUCGAUUUUAGACUGGAUUUUGUCAGGUGGGAUUUAACGAAGCGGGGCUGCGAGAAGGAAGCGCGUUCGGGACCCUGACGGCCCUUCUUUAAAGCAGGAAAUUUAAACGUGUUGUUGUUAAUGUUGUUGAGUCCAGGUGGCCAAUGAGAGAAUGUGAGGCUUAAUGUACAGUACUUUCAUUGUUUGGGGGGAGAAAAAAAAAAAAAAGGUACAAGUUUUUUCAGAUUGACUGCUGAUUUUUAUUUUUUUAGACCCAAUGUGUUCCCCUUCCCCCAUUUUCUCACUUCAAGGUUUGAAAACAGGGUUUCCUGAGGCAUGCUAGCCUGACCUCUGACCUUUUUUUUUCUGGUUAAAGGGUGGGAUGUAAAGAGAAGCCUCGCCAACAAAGGGGGCAGGGCGCGGAGCCAGGGGGGACUCCGCGCAAGCUCCCGCCUGCCCCCUCAACUCGCCUAUUUUUUUGUUUUGUUUUGCUUGAAUUCUCUUUUGUACGCUGAACCAAAAUGUAAAACCAUGUCAGCAGAAGUACCUGUGUGUGUAAAUAUUGGAACAAUCACCGGCGUCUCGUUUUUGUGAGCAAAAUGGCUUCUUUGAAAACGAGAACCUGUAUCGUUACUUGUAAGUUAACCAUCUGCAUGUCAUUAGCUCAUUUUUAAGAUUUAAAAAAAAACUUUUUACACAUUUUAUUUUUACAAUUGAUUUGCUUACUUAAAUAUCCCAGACAAUAAUGUGACCGUUUAUUAAGAUUUAUUUUUAUUUUCAUUUUUUAAUUUUCAUUCUUUUCUGUGUACUACAUAUAGGCAAUUUAUAACAAAAUGAGAAAAUUAUUGAAGAAAAUUUUAAAAUUGAAAUAUAUUUUAUUUGAAAGUUUAUGGACCUUUUAACCGCGAGCCGGGAAAAAUUGUAUCGUGAUAUGAUUUGACCUGGUUUGACGGUUAUGAGGAAUGUAUCAAGAGUUUUAUUUUUUAUGCUUCUUUAAUAAAGUCUUUGGUUUUUGGUUUCAUUUUUUUACUGUAAAAUGACAACUUGUGUCGUCUUUUUUUUGCGUUUGUGGAUUUUU